AUGUCACUCGUCGAAGGUGUGCUUCUCAAAGUAGCCAUUAUGCCAGCCGCCUUCAUGUUCUCUGUACUCGGUUGUUUAAAUAUUAAGAACAAUAGCGAUAAAGAUGUCGACAGCGCCCAAUGUAAUACAUUUCAAAUGGUAAAGACUAUUUGGUGCUUUCAUGCCAAUCAUCGCCCAUCCCUCAGGUUUCCGAUGAAGCGGAGUCAGAUCGAUAGUGAAGAAAGCACAGAAGAAUCGGAAAGCACGAGCAGUUCCAGAAAUUCGGCCUGUGGUGACAGGAGAAAAAAGAAAAGUUAG